AUUUGUUGUAUAAAUAUUUAUAAGUUAUUUAUCUAAACUUUGUCUUUUUUCAUUACAGGAUAAUAACGACACAAUUAAACUGAAUUUGAAUUUAUUUAAGAGUUUCAAAGAGAAUAAUACAUACAAUGUGUUGAAGAAAUAUCUGCUAAGAGUUGCCAAUGAGUUAGACUGCGAUCAACUCAUACUUAUCCUGUUAAUGCCUAUAAUACUAUUCAAUCCGGAGAGACCACACAUUAUGCACAAAGAAGUGAUUAUAUAUCUGAGAAUAAAAUACGGAUCAGAAAGUAAAGUGAAGACUAAAUUCUUGAGGAUUUUCAAUGUCUUACAUGAUAUCCAAAAGUUACAAGAAUUGCACAGACAAAACUUCAAGAUUAUAAGCCCUGAUAAAUAUGGACCACUUUUGAAGGAGAUUCUUGAUGUCCCGGCUACUUAUACAGCACUAUGCGCCUAA